AUGAUUGUGAUGAGUCCCCCAUGUCAGCCAUUCACGAGGAUGGGCAGACAGAAAGACCUGGCAGACACAAGGACCAACUCCUUCAGCUAUCUCCUCACACUCCUACAAAGGCAAGUGUUGCCUGCCCGCCUCAGUAUCUACUGGGUGGAGAAUGUGAAAGGGUUUGAGACAUCACAGGCCAGAGGUUCCCUGCUGGAGACACUGGGACAGUGUCAGUACAUCUACCAGGAGUUCAUGCUGACCCCUCUACAGUUUGGGAUUCCCAACUCUCGCUUGAGGUAUUAUCUUAUAGCCCAGAGAAAAGCAGCUCAGUUUUCUUUUGUGAGGCAAUCAGAUAUAGUAAUAGAAAUCCCAGAAUGUUGUACACCUUUCCUUGUUCAUAAAGAUCCGACUCCAGAGUCCUGUAACAGCCAUCUGGGAGAAAACUCUCAAAAUGGGUGUAUUUUAACCUCAAAUAAAGACCAUUCUAGGGCAGGAGUAACAGCUAUCGAUGUGUGUGAGAUCAAGGAUGACAACUCCUGCAGUCAUCAUCAUGUAAGGGCUGAUAACAGCAGAAAGACUGUCAUAGAAGAGUUCAGCCAGACAUUGCGGCAACAGUAUGAUGAUGAUCACAGGCCAUAUCCUGACUGCCAAAGAGUAGAGAACUUUUUAGAGGAGAACAGUUUGGAAUAUUUCCAGAAGUAUUUGUUGUCAGAUAAAGAACUCCGAAGAUUUAUCAUAAUGGACAUAGUUCCCUCCUCAGCCAGGAAAACGUCUUGUUUUGCCAGAAGGUAUGGUAAUUUUAUCGAGGGAGGAGGAUCAGUUUUCUUGAUGACUGACAACCCACAGGCUGUGAAGUGUGCAAGUGAAAUGAAAACAUGUCUGGAGAAGAAGAAAGGUGACCCUAAAGAGGAGUGGCCAGAACAUACCAUGGUCACACUGAGGGAUUUACAGCUACGCUGGUUCACCCCCAGGGAGAUGGCUAACUUGUUGUGCUUCCCUGCAUCAUUUAGUUUUCCUGAAGAUGUGACCAGAAAGCAGAUGUACAAAUGUCUGGGGAACAGUUUAAAUGUGCAUGUAGUUUCUGUUUUGAUAAGAUUGUUACUGAUGGAGGGAGGCAAAUGCUGAUUUGUAGAAUGUGCUGAAUGCUUUGGGGAAGGAUUGUGCAAUAAUGAAUUAUAUGUCAAUUUUAUGUGUAAAUUUUUUGAUGACAGGAACAUUAACCUAUUAAAGAUACAAUUUCCUGAAUUUAUCAGUAACAAAUGCCUUGUUGUAAAGAGAGUAUUAGAGCAGAAGAAAAAUACUGUCAUACUGUUGUGAACAGUCCUAGAACAGAAGAAAAGUACUGCCAUACUGUUGUGAACAGUCCUAGAACAGAAGAAAAGUACUGCCAUACUGUUGUGAACAGUCCUAGAACAGAAGAAAAGUACUGCCAUACUGUUGUGAACAGUCCUAGAACAGAAGAAAAGUACUGCCAUACUGUUGUGAACAGUCCUAGAACAGAAGAAAAGUACUGCCAUACUGUUGUGAACAGUCCUAGAACAGAAGAAAAGUACUGUCAUACUGUUGUGAACAGUCCUAGAACAGAAGAAAAGUACUGCCAUACUGUUGUGAACAGUCCUAGAACAGAAGAAAAGUACUGCCAUACUGUUGUGAACAGUCCUAGAACAGAAGAAAAGUACUGCCAUACUGUUGUGAACAGUCCUAGAACAGAAGAAAAGUACUGCCAUACUGUUGUGAACAGUACUAGAACUGAAGAAAAGUACUAUCAUACUGUUGUGAACAGUCCUAGAACAGAAGAAAAGUACUAUCAUACUAUUGUGAACAGUCCUAGAACAGAAGAAAAGUACUAUCAUACUAUUGUGGUGAAGCGGUAUUAGAAUUGAAGUAAAAUACAUUCAUACUGUCGUGAAGAAAAAUACUGUUGUGGUAAACAGCUCUGAACUGAAGAAAUAUACUGCCAUACUGUUGUGAUGAUGCAGCCUUAGAACUGAAGAAAAAUCCCCCCUCUCACCCCAGCAUCUCGUAGAGAUGUGCAGGGUGAGAGGGAUUCUUGGAGUAUAAAAGGCCGACGUCAUCAUGCAUAUUCUAUGCGCCACAUUGGCGAGAUAAUUUGAUACAUCAAUCGUUGAGGGCGAAAAUUGAUUAACCUUCCGUUUGUUACACCAAAAACACCAUCUUUUCCAGGCAUAUUCAUACUGGCAACUAGUGGACUGUCGCCAGGAUUUGACGAUGAAUGUUGAAGCCUCGAUAGAAACUCCUGACUUUCGGAGGCUAUCCCAGAUAAUAACGCAAGCGACUAGUUUCAGUUUCUGGCCCAUGGAGUGAGUCCUGAUAGAACCAGGCAGAGGUAACAGGUGUGGGCUCCAAGGAAGGCAGACAGGAUGAUCGAUGAGCAUGUUGAUCACUUUCCGAAGCCACUGCUGUGUUGUCCAGCGUGAUACUAUUAUAAUGGCCAUGGCUACUCCAUCGUCUAUAAUUGUGGCGAGGACCCUCGAUAUCAGCCUAAAAGGUGGAAAACAAUAUGGUUCAAAUUUAGUUCAAGAGUACACAAAACAGCUUGUUAUACAGGCACUCGGAUCAGGUCCCCAAGUUGCGUACGUCACCACUUUCUGAUGGACUCUUGUGGCAAAAAAGAUCAAUACUGGGUUUAAAAAAUGUUUUACUUAUCCGAUUAAAUAUUGUGGUGUUCAAGCCCCACUCCAAGUUAUCAUUAAAUUGUCCAGAUAGGAGAUCAGCCUGAUAAAGCCUGCAAAGCUGGAUGGACUGUCUUUAAUUUUAAAUCAUUUGUAUGUUUUACCGAUUUUGUCAAUGACCAUCGACCAUGAGCUGAAGUGCCUUAUAUGGGGCAGGUAGCUUUUCAACCAAGUAAAGAUGCGUCAGUAUAUAUAACUAUGUCAGCACGUGGCAACCUAAUGCGGCAUCCGUGGUGAGAAUGCAGAUUCUGAAUCCACCAGUUAAUAGCAGAACGCCCUGAACUCGAUCAUGUCAUAACAGAGUCAUAAUCUUGUGUAUCAUGAAGAGCGGUCAUUUUAUCUUGAUCAAGACUUCCAUAGUGCAAUGUACCCAAACGUAUGACACGUACACACCAUACAUACAACCCAACUAACCUGGCAAUUUGACGAAUAGUUACUGCUGGGGAUAACAAAAUUUCCCUUGAAAAAUUCAAUACUCUGAUCUUCUUCUGUCAAGGAAAACUGUAAAAAAAUUGGGAAUUGAUAAUAAAUCCAAGAGAAAUGAUUUCCUGCGUUGGAUUUAAUACCGACUUAGACUGGUGAACGGUGAACCCGAACUUUGGAAACUUGAACAAACAUAAUUAGUCUGCUGAC